UAUUGAUGGCAAUGCUAAACAUAAUUGUAAUAAUAAUUCUUUCCGAAUGAAUGAGAAUUUAACACCAAACAAGGAUAAGUUCUAUUGCAUAUAUAUCCUUCUAAGCACCGUGCAUGAGUGCGUACGUGAGUGUUUAAACAAGGAAGUGAGUUUUGAAUAGAAAAAAUAAAUAAACUAUAGCUAUGGGAGAACAAGUACAGAAAUAAUCAGCUAACGAGAUUAUUAUGCCAAUGCAGGCAGACAUGUGUGAUCAGUUGAGAAAUAUUUUUAGUUAUAAAUAGAAAUUUUUAGAUAAAUGCAGAGGAAAAAAAAUUUCGCCUUGGGUGCUAAGUGUUAAGUGAAAGCAGGAUUUAAAGAAUGAAAAUAGCCUCCGCCCUAAGAAUAAAAAGUAAGCAAACAUCAACGGGUUUGUUGUUGGGUGAAACAGUAGAAAAUCUGAAAAGAAUUUGGGAAGAAAUGUAAAUGCUUGCAAUAAAGAAAUGUACCAUCAAAGGGAUCUAAAGAAAUAAUAUUUAUAUACAUAUGCAUACAUAUAAGUACAUAUAUAUGUAAAUGCAUAUAUAUAAAACAAAACAACGCGAAUACUGCAAUAAAAACAAACGCCGAAAAACUAGAAACAAAACAAAUCUAAUUAACGUCCUUGUCAGCACCGUAGAAAGGAAGAGAAAGCUUUAAAAAAAAAAGGCAAAGCAAAAUGGAUAACAUCGAAAUGCUGAAAGCUUUAUACGAUUUUCAAGCCGUCUAUCCCAAGACAAUUAGUUUUGAUGAAGGCGAAUAUUUUAUUUUAUAUCAGACAUCCGCCCGUCAACGGAAUUGGUGGCAAGUGGUCAGUAUGAAGGGCAAUAUUGGUUUUGUUCCAUCAAAUUACGUAAUGAAAAUUAAGGUCGAACCAGAUUUUCUGAUAAGUUUUUUGAAUUCUUCCAUUGAAUCGUUGGAAAAAUCGAAAGAAACGGAAAUAAACGGUAUUAUGCCAAAGGAGGAGCUAUUGGAACGCCUUAGGGAAAAGAAAAACUCCAUGGAACGAAUGUAUUUGGACAAUACCGAACGUGACGCUGACUCAUCGUUAUCAUUUUCACAAAGUUUAGGAGACAAGCAUAGUGCUCCGCAUCAGCAGGAGCAUAGACCGCAUAGUCCACCACACAUUAAGCGAUUAGAUAGCAGUAAAAAGUCAGUAUCAAGUCCAUCCAUGUGUACGACUACACCACAUUUGGUGCAGGAAUCGCCUAGCAUGGGUUCAAUGCAGGUGCAGACUCAGCACAGUCAACAACAACAGCAACAGCAGCAGCAGCAGCAGCAGCAGCAACAACAACAACAACAACAGCAACAGCAACAACAAUCACAGCAACAGCAGCAAUCACAACCUCCCCAAGCUCAAACUAAACUGAACGAUAUCGCCCAAGAUAAUAGUGUUACCUCAGAGCCUUCCACUACCACGACAACCACAAGCGAGGAUGUGGUUACAACCUAUCGGGAACCGAGUUUAAAAGAUUCCUCUUCGGCCGCGCAUUCUUAUAAUAAAUCGAAUGGCAGCCUUAAAGGAAGCAAUAGCCUAACGAGAGAUAUUAGAGGAGAAGAAGAAGAAGAAGAAGCUGCCACUGUUGAUGAAGAUUAUGGUAAACAACAAACAAACGGUGAAUCGGGCAAAGAUGAUAAGACUUUGGAAAAAUCUGAGACUAGUGAUGUGGUUAGUGACGAUCCUGAUGUUAACGGCAAAGGUGACUUCGCCAACAGUGCUGAUAAUAGUCAGGCAUUGGAUAGCGAAGACAGCGCUGCCGCUUUGCAACAGCAAGUUAAAGUCGCUCUAGUGCAAUCCGGUGGUCUUAAUGCAGCUUAUGCGCGACCUAACAGAAAAGUAGAAUCUUCCGAUGUUUAUCAAAUUGUUGAUGCGAUUAGACGUAAUACGAAUAUGAGUUUUGAUAUUUCCUGCGAAGCUCUACGUGUCGUUUUAACCAGUAUGGAGCAAUUGUAUAACGGUGCCAUAAAUCCCUAUCUAGAAGCAAUUGCGAUACAUGUCACUGAUAAAGUUGAUACACCCAAAGAGCUAUUAGGGCUAACGCACGAUGCCAAACGAUUACAAUACAUAUUCGCUCAACUGGCCGAUUGUAAAAACGAUACGCAGCAACGUUCCUGGAUGGUAUAUGAAGAUGAAGAUGAUAUUUUACAAUUUCUAGAAGAGCUGGUAGAAAUAUUGAAUAACGCCGAUGAAAAUAUUUGUUGUUACGAAAUGUCUUGCGAUCAAUAUCAGGCUAUGGUCAAUUUAGUGCAAUACUAUCAAAUGGAGACUCGAUGGCCUAUAAAACGUUUACUCUUGAAAGCUUUUACUGCUGCCUGCCAUUUGGAUGCCAUUAUCGUAGAUAUUUUAGUAACGUCAGUGUUACCCCUGGAAAUUGUUGAAGAUAUGAAAGUUCAAUUUUCCACAAUGGAACGACUAAAAGAAUUAAUUAAAAUGUUAACCAUAAUUUUUUGUUUGGGUCAACCAAUGCCAGUCAAUCAUCAAGAUUAUUUGGGCCUGCAAUUUGCUGAAUUCUUAUUGGAAACGAUUGAGAGUAAUAAUCCGGAGAAUUUCAUUGAUCUGGUAAUUACAUUGAUAUUAGCUUUUAAUCUUCAAUUCGUGGAUCCCUUACAAAAUCCUAUAGUUGAGGCAAUGCAAACAGUACCUACGGUGAAAGCUUUUACCGAAAAAAUAUUACUUCUAUUAAAUCGAGAAGAGGAUCCUGUCAAACUUUUGAAACAUCCUACAAAUGUUAUGAAUUCGGUAUUAAAAAUCUUUAUUGAUGUGUUUAGUAUUAAAGAGACCGCCGGCCUAUUUUAUACCACUGAUAAUAAAGUGCUGAUCGAUAUUGUGGUCAGGCAAUUAUCCGAUUUGUGCGUCGGAAAUCCGUUAAGACGCUGCUACUUGGAAUUGUGCCGUCGCAUUAUGCGUAAUACUAAUUAUCAAGAGCAUCAGCAUCGUAAACAGGAUUUUAUGAAAAUAUUUACACGUAUCUUCUGUGAGGAUACUGAAGUUAGUGCAGCUGAUCAACAACUGGUGCGAGAAAUUGCAAACGAAUUUCCUCAACUAUUUAAAGCUUAAAGCAAUUUUAUCGUAUCUAUCGAACCCAUAAAUGAACAGCAUUUAGUUUUUCUCUUUUGUUCUUGUUAUUCAGUACAUUGUGAUGUGAUAGCAUUUUUUUUCAAUUUA